CUCUUUGACCCUGGUCAAGUGCGCAUCUUUCCUUCCAUCUUUUUCUCUUCUUCCCACCUCCCUUUCCAUGCAUGGUCGUGCCGUCCCGAUCCUGCGUCCUUCCACUUCAACCUUCACCUUCACGCGGCGAGGAAGAGAACUGGGUUCUCGCGUCCGUUCGAUCGUAUUACGCGCCGUGACGAUGGCACGAGGCUGAAAGCCAGCGAAAAUUCAAUUUGCUUUAGAAGAUUCAGGACGAGUGUGAUUUUGGUUUUUGCGUGCAUGUGACAUGUUCUUGGCGGAGAGAUCCUGACUAUAGGAGAAAUGGAUGUUCGAAGAGCCUUGCCAUUCUUGCUGCUGGUGAUCUGCACAAUCAACGCUUUUUCCAUUCACAAUGGCCGGGGCGGACCGAACAACGUUAGACGCGUUCGCAGAAUCAGCGAGUACCUCGUCCCACCUUCGCCGCCGCCAAGGUCCCAUCCAUCAAACAGAAUCCCAAGAUUGGCGAACGAUCAAUCCAAUGAACCAGGAUACUUCAUGCGAUUCAUGCAGAUGUUGAAUCCCUUUUACUCGCCACCGCCACUGCCGUCGCCGCUAUCACUUGAAUCCGCUCCUCUGCCCGCGGCAACUUAUAAUAGUCCUUCCGUUUCAAUUUAUGAGACACCACCUCCGUCCUCCAUCAACGGUAAUUCGGAAUACUCUGCCUCGACUAACACUAAAAAUUGUAAUCCUUGCAACAAAGAACCUUGGAUGCCGUUAAAACAAGAUGAACCCGCACGUUUGACAUAUCCUUCGAAUGGCGGAUAUCCACCUAGAAAUCCCGAAGCCCCCUAUGACGUUCAUUCCGCUGCCUCGCAAGAAAUCAGAACUCCGGACUUCUCUUACGCGCCGCCAUUGCCCGGACAAGAGAGCAUCAUCAGCCCGUUGCCAAACCCGCAUUUGUAUCUCGGAGUAAUGCCGCCGCUCUUCAAACCAGAAAAUUUCAAUAAACCUGAACAAGUCGCUCCCGGAUCUACAGUCUCUUUUCCAGAUACGACGGGGUCCACUUCCAAUGAUGGAUCUACAUAUCAUUAUUACCCAGAAGUUGUCUCUCAAGAACCAGAACAUAUCAAUCCCGAUCUACUCCCCAGUAGUAGUCAAGUGACUAAAGACUUUGAGAACGUCGAGACAGCCGUGGCAUCUGUUGACGAGAUUUUCGGACCGCGUCAAGACACUUCAACGGAGUCUCACUCCCAUACGACGGAUUAUUACGACAUUUUGGAUCCCGUGCCAAAUGAAUCGAAGAUCACUAAUAGCACUCCUGAGAAAGAAAAUAUUCCGCCAUCUGAUAAGGUAGAGUCUUUAUGGAAUAUUUUUGCGACCCCUUCAACGAGUACAGUUAGAGAACCGAUUCGAAACAGCAUGUUAAACUCGAUGUUGAAUCCCGAUGAUGAUAUAACGGAAGACAUAUUGCAUGACAACAUUAAUGUUAAUUUGAACUACGGAACGUCCGGGCAGCAAGAUCGGAAGAGGAAUCCGCAGGUACAGCUUAUCAUUCCCUAUACGAUUCAAUACACGCCACUUCCGUUCCAGCCGUCGCACGAAAGAAAGCUUUCUGAUAUGGGUGAAUCUAAUCAUGAUACUUAUGACAUCGCAGAAUCAAAAAACAGACCCAACAUAGUUAGACCUCCAAAAGUGUUAGAUGAUUUUCCUCAACCGACUACUAACCGACAACCAACUACAUCACCAUACGUAUAUUACAAAACGAAACAACCAACUAAAUCACCGGUAUAUUACGAAAGGAAACCAGAUACUAAAGCGAACAAUUCCAUAAACUUAGAGAGAUUUCAAAAAAAUAUCGACAAUUGGACGAUAGAGAAAUUUUCAAAGAGCCCAAACCAUUACGUUACGGUACCGGUUCCAAAGGCGAUUCCCAAAGAGUACUUUACGACCCCCAAGCCUAUUAGUCGUGUAGCUGAACUUUUCAAGGACAAUGUUGGGAUUUUGGACGGAUUCAACUUCAAUGAUGAAGAACAUAAAGAAUAUAAAGAACGUCCAAAAUUAGUUAAUCACCGCAUGGAAGGACGACAAAUACAAAUGAUACAAGUUCAAAAUUCGACCGAAAGCUCCAUCAAUGCUUCCACCACAUCCGAGAAGGAUAUGUGGCGAGCCUUCCCCGUGGGAGUUUCUUCAGUGAACAAGGAACGCGUCUAUAUAGUGACACCUCAGCCACAAACUACUCCUAGAUCGAAUCCCGAGAAUAGAAAACAGAAAGCGUUGGAGAACGCAGGUAGCAAUACGGAGGAAUCGAAGAAAGCAUCGCAAACGGACACGAAGGAAACGAACAAGUCUAAUACAUUCGAGUCGAUCGAGAAAGCCUAUCAAGUGUUGCCUCAGGCUGUGAACAAUUUGGCUGUGGCUUCCACAGGUCCUGAGAGCGGUUCUUUGUGGAACGUAUUGCCCGAGGAGAUAUAUAGACAUUUCCCGGGACUAGAUGCACAUCCGAAACCUCCGAACGUUGCAUGCUGUACUCAACACUUACAAAAGGGUCACGUGCCAAAUGAUGACGGAUCAAGUGUGGAAAAUGCUCAAGACGAUUAUUUGUGCCCGUGCAGAUAAUUUUGAUAGUGUGUUUCUGUGAACGAUGUGAACAAUUAUAUUAAAAUAGUAGUCUUUGACCUCAUUCUCAAACAAACUUUUUAACUUAAUAAUCUUUAAUACAAACGGUUGAACUGUUUCGAUUCUACGUACGUGCGUAAGUGAUUAUCGUGGCCAGUGCACCGGAUAAUAUGUAUUUUAUAGUCCGGACGUAUGUAUUUUAUAAGUUUUAUAAGUUUUUUUAUAUACUUUUUUAAUAAGUCUAAAAAUAAGAUGAAAAAUUGAAAGAAACUAAAGACAACCUGGCAUAUGGUUGCAUUAUAUUAUCGCA